AUGCGAUUGAAUCCGUGCAGUUGCCAAGGAAGGCCGACUGGUGUAUCACAUACUGGACGCUCAAGUGUACCACCUUCUGUGCGUCCACGAAAUACGUCGUUCAAUAGUUCAUCACUCUUGAAUUCAAGACAGUUAGCACGUGGUGAAGUGCGCUGCGCCUCAUUGAUACACAAUCUCAGUCACGCUUUAAAGAGCGGAAAAAUAUCUGCAGUCGAGCUCACCAGCGCCUACCUUGAUAGGAUACGCUCAAUAGAUAACACUAUUGGGAGUUUCGUACAGGUGGAUUUUGCUGGUGCUAUCGAACAGGCGAAACAAAUUGAUUCACGUAUUGCGACCGGCCAAGAUCUUCACAUUCUUGCCGGUAUUCCUCUCGCAAUAAAAGACAAUAUUUGUCAUCAGGAUCUUUCCACGACAGCGGGCUCCAAUCUCUUGAGAGCUCAUCAGUCUUCGUAUGAUGCUGAAGUUGUCACAGUCCUGAAGGGUUGUGGCUCAGUGUUGAUCGGAAAGACGAAUAUGGAUGAGUUUGGUAUGGGAAGUACGACUGAAACAUCGGCCAACAAAGCAACUCAUAACCCUUGGGAUCUAUCUCGAGUGCCUGGUGGUUCAUCUGGGGGCUCUGCAGCGGCAGUGGCGGGGCAAAUGUGUGCUGGUGCUUUGGGAAGUGACACUGGGGGUUCUAUACGACAACCGGCAGCAUUCUGCGGUGUUGUUGGCUUAAAGCCCACUUAUGGCGCGAUAUCGAGGCAUGGCCUCAUAGCUUAUUGCUCCACUUUUGACACCAUUGGACCAAUCGGCCCGACAGUGCAGGAUGUGUCUUAUAUAUUUGGUGCUCUUCAGAAGGACGGAAACAUAAAGAAGAUGCGUGACACAAGUUUACGGCAUUCAAGCAUUAUCGAGACAUCACUCCCACCGCAAGCUUCUCUUAGUUGCAGACCAUACGAAGGUAGACGCUUUGCUGUAAUAGCAGAGGCGAUAGAUGAAGGAGUCGCAGAUGAAGUGAAAUUUUCAUUUUUUGACUCAGUUCGGCAUAUAGAAAGUCUUGGAGGGGUGGUGGACCUCGUCUCGUGCAAAACGUUCCAAAUGGGUCUACCUGCGUAUUAUGUCAUGGCCGUUUCAGAGGCUAGCAGUAAUUUAGCUCGUUUUGAUGGCGUUCGUGUGGGCAACCGUGAGGCAUCAUAUGAGAGUGUUACUGACUCACUCGUCGGACAUUUUAGACACAGUUAUCUUGGUCCAGAAGUUCUUCGACGUAUUCUCAUGGGUACAUAUACACUAUCUUCUGGUUACAGUGAUGAAUAUUACGCUAGAGCAAAGUAUGCUCAACGUCUUGUCCGUGAUGAACUUAUAAGCUACCUCAGCCAGUACGACGCUUUGCUGACCCCAGCUACGCCUGAUGUUGCUUAUACACGUGGGAGCAAAAUCAUGGAUCCUUUGCAGAUGUAUACGGGAGAUUUAAUGACAGUCAACGUCAAUCUUUCUGGCUUACCGGCUAUCGUAGUGCGAUCUGGAGUCCUCACUGUAGCAGAGGGUACACACCUCCCUAUUGGUUUGCAGUUCAUCGGUAAACAUUUCGGUGAAGGUGAACUAUUGCAGAUAGCUCACAUUUUCGAGAUUUCACUAGAUAGCGUCACCAAGUUUCCGGACGAAGAAAUUUUCUCGUGGCUUUGA